CGGCUGUGUUGCCUCCCUUCUAUAAUCUUCCCAGAAUCACUCUAAAUAGAUCAAGAACAAAAACCUCUCAAUCUUCAUUAUGAGCCCCGACAACCCCAAUACAACGACCGCAACUAGAAUCCGCAAUCCGCGCCGCCUCCUCAUCCUUUCGCCCAGCUCGCAGUCCACGACUAUCAUCCCUCCCCUCCUUCACACCCUCACCGGCGCACCUGUCACCGAGCCACCCUCCACAACGACUACACCCACCCCUACAACGGCCCUCUCCUCUACCGCAACUCUCGUGGGCUCCUCCGCAUCCUCAACCGCAACCGCAGUCGCGACGACAAGCUCGCCGACAAUCACUGCUACGAGUUUUGCCGGUUACACAACCCAUUCGCCCCUCUCUAUAAACAACCGCUACUACACGGCCGAGAUCCCAGUUUGGGUCGACGAGAUCCCUCUUACAGCAGUUCCAUCAUCAUCAUCACCAUCACUGUCGACACCCACCGCCCACCUUGCCCCAUCCCCCGCGCAAUGGAAAGCCGAAUUUUCCGGCGCCGAUGCCCGGGUCGUUCGCGACGCCAUCGGAGCGGUGAUAAUUUGCGUCUCCAACCCGGUUGAUCGCCAGCCUUCGUCGUUAUUGCCCACGGGUCUCACGGACCUUCCAUCAUCAUCACUAUCGUCAAUAGCCGCGGGCACUACAAGUACCACUACGCGGGAGCCGGCCGAGGAUCGCCCGGAUGUUCGGUCCCUGAAGGAGUUUAUCCACGCGAUUGGAGCGGUUCGGGGAUUGAUUGAAGAGGAGAGAGGGGGAGUGGGAGUCGGGGAGGUGCCAGGCCUGUUGGUCCUGGUUGAGCAGCGGGAGAACAUGCCACCUUCUGUUUCAUCAUCCCCAUCACCAUCAUCAUUUUCCUCUUCCGCUACUGCUGUCGCUGGCAAAAUCAAAACGAGGGGAAGUGCCGGAUUGGAUGGACUCGAUGAUCUGGAUGAUGAUUUGAAUGUUGAGAUUGACGAGCCGUUCUCCGUGGGGUGGUGGGAGGAUCAACUGUGUGAGAUGGGCUUGAUGGGAUGGGAGGUUGUGCGGUGGUGUCCGAAUGGGGCGGAGGAUGAGGGGAGGAACCGAUAUGGAGAACUGCAAGGCAUGCGCCGGGUCAAGGAAGUACUGGAGACACAUGAUUGGAGUGCAUCGGAAGACGCUGGGGGAAUGGGUACGGAGUUCGAUGACGACGAUGACCUGGAAAGACAACUGUUGGGAGUGGGUGAGGAGGGAGAGGCCGGGUUUGAUGUCGAGGUAAAUGAGCUGGAGCGCGAGAUGGUUGGUCUGCGGACGGCGAUCGAGCGUGGAAGCGACGAUUAUUUUGUCGAGGAAGAUGAAGCGGACGAGGAACUGCGAGUGGAUGCGGUGGAGGCGCUGCUGCGGCGGAUGCGAGCUAUCAAAGAUAUGAGCGACGGGUUACCCGAAACGGAACGGAAGCGGUUCGCUGCCAAAGCGGUCCGUGAUAUCAUGAAGCAACUAUAGCAAGCACGUAUCCGGAGCAUAUAUAUGAGAUGAUGUGACCCACAUUUUCUACAUACUACUACAUAUGAUAUCUGACGAUGAAAACUCUUCUUUUCAUGAAGAACACCCCACCGCAGAACCUCGAUUCCUCAUUCAUACACCGACCGUUUUACCACAGCACCGCACGGCACAGCACAGCCACGUGUGGCCACAGCCCUGGUCCGGAGCAGAAGCUGGGAGAUAUGGUAACCCUACGCCCGAAUCUCAAGCUAUGUUCUUGGCUAAAUCCCACCCCCACCGCCUUUUAUGUCUUUUUCAACGCCUUGCGUCUCUGAGCGAUCAUAUGCGUGUAAAGGAUAUACGAGCCUAUCCCGGAUUAGCUUUAAACCGUAAAACCACUCUCAACCUACACCACCCAAACGGGAAAAACCUGGCAAAACCGGAAUGUGAAUGGGACGUGACAUACCGGGGACAUAAAUGCCCAAUACCACGACCAAGAACCACCAAUACGCGGC